UUUCGGGGAAAACUCGAAGGUUUUUCUGGGCAAGAAAAACAGACCCAAACCUGCGCUGUUUGUACACCCGCCACGAAAAGGGGCCCUCGCACUGUAGAGUGCGGAAUUCGCGGUUUUUCUUUCUCGUUCGAAAAUUUCACUUUUGCUUUGACUCUGAGGAGUCUUUCCUUCAUCGUCACGCCCUUUUGAGGGCGCAGAAAUACACAGACAGCUGGAAACCGUCGCCGUUUCCUCCAGAGACUGAGACUCCGCUGACGACAGCUGGGCUUCUACGCGAGCCUCUGUCUCCAUGAAUGAGAUGCUGCAGCUUCUGUCUCUGCGCACGGGCUCUCCUUUUCCCCUCUCGUGGCUCUUGUGUGCCAACUCUCAACACCAAGCAAAACACAGACACAGAAAGAGAGAUGUGGAGAUACGCGCAUCUGCAUGGACGUCGAGUUCAUUCUAGAAGCUCGGAACUUUCAGCUGUGAAUUCACACGUAAACUUUAACUUUAUCGGUCUACUUUCCGACUCAGUACCCUUUUUCUGCCCAGGUCCCUCCCCUCUCCAGUCUCGAAAAUGACAGGGAACACUAUGCCGUCUUCCACUUGUUCCUCUUCUUCCUCUUCUUCUUCCUGUUCCUCUUCUUCUUCCCCUGCCUCUACCUCUGCCUCCUCUUCCGCUUUCUGUUCUUCUUCUGUUCCACUCCGUUCAUGCCGGCUUCCGGCAGCCUGUUUUCCACCACCUUCUGCGUCCGUUUCUUCUCCUUCGUCUUGUUCUGCGUUGCGGUCUCAUGCGGAGAAGAGGGAAUUGCUUCCAUCUGAACAGAAAGGAGGACAUGGUGGAGACGAGACUGCAGGAGCGAGGGAGGGAACAGAGGCUCCACCGACACGCGAGGAGAGAGCACCUCUCGCUCUGGAUGCCACUCCUUCGCCUGUGGAUCUGCGACCCGUGACAGCAGAUUCCUCGCCGUCGGAGAGCGCCAACCAGCGCUCUCGUCUCGCCUCUCUCUUCUACAAGGAGGGCCUGCGUCUCGAGAGAAGAGGGAAGCUGGGAGCUGCGAUUGGGCUGUACAGACAGGCUCUCCGCCUAGACCCCGCCCUCGACGAGAGAAGCAUGUACAUCGAAGACGAAAGCGACGACGAAGAAUUCCACACAGAAGAAGAACAGGGAGGAGACGCAGACGACGACUUCCUCGACUACGGCGAAAGAAGAGACCUCGAAGACGACAUCAGGUGUAGAUACACCCAAGCAGAGAACGAAGACGAAGACGACGGAGGCGAAGCAGACGCAGCACGCGGUGGGCAAUUUCACGGGAGAGAAAGAAGGCCGCGAGACGGACAAGAAAACGCACACGCAGAGAAAGACGGAGAACAGAGAGAGAAGAGGGAGGAGAGGGAAGUCCAUGAGGAUGAAGAGACUGCGGAGAGGCAGCGCGACAGUGGCUGCCUGCAAGCCAUCGCAGACAUGGCGUCUGAAAAACGCGAAACAGAGAAGAGGGGGCAUGCGUUUGGUGGGAAGAGGGAAGUUGAGAAGAGCGAGUCGAGUCUUGCUUCCCUGUCUCCUCCAGCCUCGACUCCGCGUUUGCAUGCAUCCGGUUCAGAGCACAGACGGAGAGAAGAAAAUCUGCGAGAAACGGACAGCUCCGCCAGCUCCCGACGAAGUGGACAGAUGAAGACCGGCGAGAACUCAGAGCGAAGAAACGGUGGUCGACACGGCGAACUCCCUGGAAGAGAUGGACACGCCUCUUCUCUCUCGUUUCCAUCGUCGCCCUCCUGUCCUCUCUCAUCUUCUUCAUGUCCUCUUUCGUUUGUUCCAUGUUCGGUCUCGAACAAUCCUUUGGAGACGCUGCACGCAGGAGGUAGAGGGCCACAGGGGGAAGCUGAGCGCGAGGACAGAUCUCGGGAGCUCACUCACAGUCCAGAAGCAGACAGAGGAGAGGAGACACAGAGCCUGAGAGACAGCGGAGACGGGUCUUCUCAGCCGACAGAAGACGAGGACGCAUGCAGUCUUUGCUCGCUGCCUCAAGAGUUGCUGGACGUCUUGCCUCUCUACCUCGACGCCUUCGCUCUCACCAGACUCUCGAGCUGCUGCCGGCUUCUCCACCGCCUCUGUGGCAACCGGAGCGACGUUUGCUGGCGUGCCAAGUGCAUGCAAGUCUUCGGUCCCAGCUGCGCAGCAGAAGUUCGCCUCUACAACGCCUCCUGGCACCUCAUGUAUCUGCAGCGACCGCGCAUUCGCAUGGACGGCAUUUACAUUUCCCGGUGCGUCUACAUGCGCCGCGUUCGAGACGUGGGCAAUCUGAUGGAGGAGGGGGAACAGGAGAGACGACAUCGUCUUCGUCUCCAGCAGCAACUAAAGCGGGAGCAGGAACUCACGUCAGCGUCCAUCCAACUCUUGGGGUCGAUGCUGCACCAGUCCCCAGUCGUCGCUGUGUCCUACCACCGGUAUCUUCGCUUUCUGCCCCAUGCACAAGGCAACAAGGUCCUCGUUCUACGAUCCGAGGCAGACAAGCACGUCGCCGUCCAGGCUCUGAAGAACGCGGAACAGCGAGUGCGAGAGGUGGAGAGAAGAAACGGCGGCGAUUGUCACGUCGUCUUCAGUUCUCUCCAGAGCUGCCAAACUUCCUCAGUUUCCUCACAGCCUGCGCAGUGGACAUGGCAGCGCCUUGUGCCGUUCAUCGCAGUGGGAGAUUACUUCUUUGAUCCCAAGACAAGGAGAGUGGAAGUCUGCUACGAUGAGCCUCGGACGCACGGUGCAACCUCUGAUUUUCUCCCCGAAACAAACGGUGAAGUUCGAGGAAGAGAAUCUACCAGCGGACGAGGCACUCCAACGGGCUCUUCAACUCUCUCCUCUUCUUCUUCCUCUUCUUCCUCUUCUUCGUCUUCCUCUUCAUCUUCGUGUGCUCACAUCAGGGAGGGCGAGACGCGGCAAGCUGGGGCUGAAGGAGGCUGGAAAAUACGCAGACCGUACACGCAUCGGGCCGUGUUUGAAAUUUGUGGGGGCACAGCUGCUCGCAGCAAUUGCCGACUGAAGUGGAUCUCCUUCUCUGUAGGUUCGGCUCGAGGUUUACACGAGGAUGACGAGAGCAACGACGUCGCACACCUGAACGUCGACAGCGAGCAUUUCCGGCCCUUUCUUCUGAAUCGCGUCAAGACAUUUGAAUCGCAUUUCUAAAGAGUCGAGCACCCGUUCGAUUUUCUUGUCUCCUCUCGCGAUAUUCUCUUUCAAAACGACUUCGGCACUUCUGUCGGCUAAACGCGUGGGAGUUCCUUCUCUGUUUCACAUACAAUUUCCUAGGGUCUGUGUCACUUUAGAGAAAACCUCGUUAUCCUCCCGGUCUCAUGAUAUUUGCAGACGCAAAAAGAGGGAAAUAAAGAGGACUGGCGUGCACCGCCAACAGGCUUCUCAUUCAUUGCUGAGAGAACCUUGUAUAGGUAUAUUUGUGCGUUUGUGCACAUAUACAUGCGUCCGUUUGCAUGGUUCUACAUGCGUGUGUAUAUUUGUAAACUGGUCCAGGAAUAAGAUCGAGGUAAGAACACAGAAAUGCUCUUGCUUGUUCACCUCUGGAAUAUUAGGGGGAGUUGCGGAUUUUAUAUAGGUCGAGAAGAAAAGAACGGAAGGGAAAAAGGGAACACAUGAGAAGAGGGUCACAGGAAAUGCCCUAGCCAUCCAGAGACCUAGCGCCCUCGUGGGAGAAAAGUUGCCUUUUUCCGAGGCAGAUUCCGAGAGAUCGAGAAACUCGAGGAAAAUCAAAUGUGGGGGAAACAUGAAUGGACGUCACAUGGAAGAGCAAACCAAAUGCAACGUGUGUGCAUUUAUCAGUCUCGAGCACACAUGCAUAUCCAUGCAUAUGGGCGUUUACUUAUCUGCAUUAAAACGCAACGAUCUGCCUUUGUUGCAGAACGACGUUCACAUUUGCAUGUUUGUGUUGAGUCCCGUGUGAGCGUGCAUGCAUAGAGAGGCAUUCACCUGCUCAUACGUUCAUGUGUAGAACUAAACUGAAGGGAGAGGAGAAUUGUUCCUCUAGCUUUCCAGAAUUGGACAGCAUUAGCUCGAAACAGCAGAGCAGCAGUGUUAUUGGUUUGGUGAUGGAGUCAAGUCCCUAACCAGAGGUUGUUGUCUCUCAUCAAAAACGGAC